CCACAUCACUAGCAUGGCGGAACACGGAGCAGGAAUUCCGCCUAGAUGGACUGAUGACAACCUCGUCGAUGGGGUAACACCGAUGAUGACCAUCCUCAGGCAAUAUAGAUCUGUUGCCCCGGCGACGAGCGGCGAUCUCUAAAGUCAACCAACCAACUGGGGCAACUUGGCAGCAGUGAAUCCUCAGACGGACAGCUGUUUGGCCCGCCGGCUGGUGUCAGACUUGACGGACCGUGGAGGAAGCCGAGCGUCCUGUCCUGAUGCUCUGAGUUGGACCGGUGCCUUUUUCUCAACUUGAACUCCUCGCUGGGAUUAGCUAGACUAUCUUACUCUCGUUGAAGAGCUUUAGAAAUAAGACGAUGGAUUUGUUCGGGCUGCUGCAUUUAGACGAGCUGUCCCACGGGCUGGCAAACUUGUCCAUGUUUCCAUACUUUGACAUGGCGCACUAUCUCGUGUCAGUCAUGGCUCUGAGGGAGCAGCCAGGCGCUCUUGAGGUCUCCAGGGUCAGCCCCUUAGCCUGCUGGUUCAGCUCCAUGCUCUUCUGUUUUGGUGGAGCUGUGCUGUCUGGGAUCAUGCUGGCCGAGCCAGCUGUUGCACCUUUGUCCAACAGCACCAGUGUUCUCCUUGCUUCAAUCAUCUGGUACCUAGUGUUCUACUGCCCCAUGGACCUGGUGUACUGUUGUGCUGCCCUGCUGCCUCUCAGGCUGGUGCUGUCAGGAAUGAAGGAAGUGACCAGGACGUGGAAGGUGCUCGGAGGGGUCACCCAGGCACACAGCAAAUACAACGACAGUCUGCUGGUCAUGAUUGCCAUUGGGUGGGCUAGAGGUGCUGGAGGUGGUCUGAUAAGUAAUUUUGAGCAGCUUGUUCGAGGUGUAUGGAAACCAGAGACUAAUGAGCUCCUCAAAAUGUCUUACCCCACCAAGAUCACCCUGAUAGGGGCAGUGCUGUUUGCUCUGCAGCAGACCCACUACCUGCCUCUCCAGAAGCACCACCUGAUGCUCAGCUACACUGCCUUUACCGUCAUCAACAAGUCAAGGAUGAUGCUGACAGGCUCCUCUGCCUCACCAUUCGCUGCCAUCGAGUCGGCUGUCUACAAGACCCUCUUCACCGGCUACUCCCCUUAUGCCGUCCUCACUGGCGACCUAAAGAACGCAUGUAUCGAUAAUGUCAAAACCAACACGACGACGACCUCCUCUGCAACAACCAAAAAGUUCUGUGAGAAUGGAGCAGCGGGAGAGCACACACCAGUUUCUUCCAUCAAGGGACAAAGUGGAUCGCUCAAAGCCAAAGAGGAGUCAGAGAACGCAGAGACAACAAGCUGCAAGAAGACCGACUAGUCAGCCUCUGCCCCAUAGCGCCUUUUCACCUCUAAGCUGGGUUGUGGAGUCAUUUCUGAUUCAGAUUUGUCAUGUCAGGACUGACUUUCUGACUGCUGAAAUUCAAUUUCAAAAGGAGCUGACUCCAACCAACCCUGCACCUUAUUGUGGGAUAAUCACCCCGUCCUUAAAGUACUGUGUUAUUUCUGCUGUCAUCAUACUAUCCUUGGGCUAACUGCACAUUUACAGUACAAUGUGUAGCUUAAUUUUUAAUAUAUAUUUAGCACAAACUGCGCUAAUUUUAUCUCUGGGUUUUGGGAACAAUACUGUGCACCUGAUGCUAUGAAUGUCUAUGUAUCCUUUUCUGUCUGUAUAUAUUCUGCUUCAUGUAAAUGCUGUAUUUCCUACUCUGAAAUAGUUAGAAACAUUUUUUAAAAGAGAGAUUAUAUUCUAUGACAUGCAGAUAUUUUAUUCUAUUUAUACUAAAUAAUUGCACUCUUGAAUGUAUAACAUUUCGAAAUGGAAGACAACUUUUUAUUGUAUUUCUUUGCUGAAUGCUUUGAAUUGCACUUGAAAGCAUGAGAAUAAACAGGUUUAAAUGCA